UUUGAAUUGAAUUCAAAACUUUGGCGCCCAACAUUGGAUAUUAAAUCCCCGGGAGCUGCACCAAUUAUGGUCUACUUUAGUCCUCGUGGCAUGCAACCCUGCAGUCCAUCAGGCGUUUUAGCGGUAACAAUGCCUCCAUCAAAAAGUCCCACAAUGGAAUGUGCUGCUGGUCAAAAAACACCAGAACCCCAAAUGCAAAAUGCAGCCACAGGCAGUGGCAACAACACCAAUACCAACACACCAUCAGCGACAGCAGCAGCAUCAACAACAACAUCAUAUUCAUCACCAUUGAGUACCCGUAACUGUCCAUUGAAAUUUUCCAUUGCGAAAAUUAUGGAACCAGAUCAACGUACCCAACAGAAUACAACCAGCGUCACAACCAUCGCUGAUGAUGAGCGAUCUUGCAGUCCCAUUGAAGUGACCAGUGAUGACUGUGAAUCAUCUACCAAUGCCAAUACUACCGAAGAGAAUUAUGAUUCAGCUUUUAAGAAAUAUGUACCAUCAUCUUCAACGUCCAAUGGCAACUUGACGUCAUCGUCCGCACCAAUUGUCAAUAAUGUUGCAUCCUCCAGCUCGGCAGCAGCAGUUCAGCAAUUUGUCUCCACCCGUCACCAGGAGUUACUUAGCCAAUAUCCUCUUUUAUAUUAUGCAGCUCCCAAUCAAUUGAUGUGCGCCGCAGCUGCAGCUCAAUAUGCUGCCCUCACCGCCGCCCAACAACAAUCGCUGUUGGCCGGUAAUCCUGCAGCUACCGCUGCCCAUUUAAGCUCCUUUACAGCCUCACUAAACUCCCUGCACAGUCAAACGCUACGUCGUCAAUUAGCCGCUCCCGGUACCAGCCAUCAUUUGGCAGCAGCUGCUGCAGCCGCCGCCGCUGCUCAAGCUGUACAUCAUCAAGCUUUAGCCUCGGCCCAUCCACAAUUGCAGCAAACCUUGGAGAAGUCGCCUGUGGCACACAAAUCCCGCGAAUCAUCUCUAACUCCUUCCUCAGCCUAUCAUUCACUAAAGCGCAAACACUCACCCGCCUCUAGUCACAAUAACACAUCGUCAUCGAUCAGUGAUCCCUGUUCACCACCCGAAGCCCAAAGAUCUCGUGCCGAUUCGCCCAGUUCCAUUGACGACAGCCCAAAUUCUGCAAAUGGUGGCAAACAAAAGACCUUCUCUUGCUUGGAGUGUGGUAAAGUGUUCAAUGCCCACUAUAAUCUAACCCGUCAUAUGCCUGUUCACACCGGAGCUCGGCCAUUCGUUUGCAAGGUCUGUGGCAAAGGUUUCCGCCAAGCAUCCACUUUGUGCCGUCACAAAAUCAUCCAUACCUCCGAGAAGCCUCACAAAUGCCAGACAUGUGGCAAGGCCUUUAAUCGCUCCUCCACCCUCAACACACAUACCCGUAUCCAUGCCGGCUACAAGCCUUUUGUGUGCGAAUUCUGUGGCAAAGGAUUCCAUCAAAAGGGCAACUACAAGAAUCACAAGCUUACACACAGUGGCGAGAAGGCCUACAAGUGCAACAUUUGCAACAAGGCCUUCCAUCAGAUCUAUAAUCUCACCUUCCACAUGCACACCCACAACGAUAAGAAACCCUAUACGUGCCGUGUUUGCCACAAGGGUUUCUGCCGCAACUUCGACCUGAAGAAACACAUGCGCAAGUUGCACGACAUCGGUAGCGGUCCACUCGAUAUCGAUGAGAACACCAAUGAGCGUUUGGAAAGACGUCGUGAAUAUACCAGACGCGACCAAAGCCUUGAAUACCAUGGAGGACAUUUGAAUUCAAAUUCCUCCGAUGGUUCAAUGUCGCCACCCAUCAAUGUAACUACACCUCCCUUGUCUAGCAAUGAAGGCAGUAGUUCAGCAUGGCCGACAUCUUCUCAAUACUCAUCCGGUAAUCCUCACAACUAUUCGGCGACAGCUUUAACACCACCCUCCGUAACAAAUUUCCGUACAGCUACCGAAUAUGGUGGUAGUUCGGCCUUCAUAAAUUUCGCCCAGUCAUCAGCCACACAAGCAGCAUCCUCUAGCGCCCAUCUCAACCCCAAUCAUCCACAACACAUGGCGACGGCCAAUCAUCAGAGAUUAUCGGCAGCAGCCGCAGCUGUUUCGGCAAUGGACAACGUACCCUUCAUUGCCAAAGUGUUUUGACACAGAUACUAUGCUGAUACCUUGGUUCAUCACCACAGCCAUCAUCAUCAUCACCAUAACCAGCAUUCGGGUGC